AUGAGGUCUCGAAAGGAAAGGAGUCGCUUGACCUUGUUUUGGGGUCUGAUGCUGGGUCUGUCGUCCUGCCUCCGGCCCGCCACCGCAGAGAUCUGUGGUCCGAGCAUCGACAUUGGCAAUGACAUCAGUGAAUUCAGGCGUCUCGAGAACUGCACGGUGGUGGAGGGCUACCUGCAAAUUCUCCUCAUCGGUGACAAGAACAACAACAACAUCAAUCAGGAAGUUUUCCGCUCCUUGAGUUUCCCCAAGCUGACCAUGAUCACAGACUACUUGCUGCUGUUCCGGGUAUCUGGUCUGGACAGUCUGAGUGCACUCUUUCCCAACCUUACUGUCAUACGAGGACGAAACCUCUUCUACAACUAUGCCCUUGUGAUCUUUGAGAUGACCAGCUUGAAGGACAUCGGCCUGUACAACCUGAGGAACAUCACCCGCGGUGCCAUCCGCAUUGAGAAGAACCCUGAGCUCUGCUACCUGGACUCCAUAGAUUGGUCCCUCAUCAUGGACGCCGAGUUCAACAAUUACAUUGCUGGGAACAAGCAGUCCAAAGAGUGCAGUGACGUUUGUCCAGGCAUCAUGGAGAACAACCCUCAGUGCAGAAAGACCAUGUUCAACAACAACUACAACUACCGCUGCUGGAACUCCAAUCACUGCCAGAAAGAGUGUCCAGAGAAGUGUGUGCGGCGAGCUUGCACAGCGGACGGCGAGUGCUGCCACCCUCAGUGUCUGGGCAGCUGCACAGUCCCUGCUAGUGACACAGCAUGUGCGGCCUGUGUGCAUUACUUCCACCAAGGACGCUGUGUGGCUGAAUGCCCUCCCGGCACCUACAAGUUUGAGGGCUGGCGCUGCAUCAGCGCCAAGCUCUGCUCCAAGGUCCACCUUCCCGACUUUGACAGCUUUGUCAUCCACGGAGGAGAGUGCAUGUCUGAAUGCCCGUCUGGGUAUAUGCGCACCGCACCCAACAGCAUGUUCUGUACAGCCUGUGAUGGUCUGUGUGAUAAAGUGUGCGACGAGAAGGUCAUCGACUCCAUGGAUGCCGCUCAGUCUCUUGAAGGCUGCACUGUUAUCAAAGGGAACCUGCACAUCAACAUCCGCAGAGGCCACAACAUGGUGGCAGAGCUGGAGAGUUUCACAGGUUUGAUCCAGAGGGUGACCGGUUAUGUGCGGAUCAGACAUUCCCACACUCUGAGCUCCCUGGCCUUCCUCCGCAGCCUCAGAUACAUAGAUGGAGAAGACCUCCUGGACGAUAUGUACGCUUUCUCAGCAUAUGACAACCAGCAGCUCCAGUAUCUCUGGGACUGGAAGCAGCACAACCUCACCAUCAAGGCAGGGAAGCUGUUCUUCAGAGCCAAUCCGAAGCUCUGCAUGUCCGAGAUCCGUAAAAUGUGGGAGAAGACAGGUGUCCAGGGCCACUUCGAUGAGAGCGAUUUCCGAAACAAUGGCGACCGAGUCAGCUGUGAAAGCACUAUCCUACAGUUUAAGUCUAACAGCACCAGUAGUACACGGAUCAAACUGACCUGGCAGCGCUACCGUCCUCCAGACUACCGAGACCUCAUCAGCUUUAUCGUUUACUACAAGGAGGCGCCCUUUCAGAACAUCACAGAGUUCGAGGGACAGGAUGGCUGUGGCUCCAAUAGCUGGAAUAUGGUGGAUGUGGAGCUGAGGCCAGACAAGGACUCAGACCCCGGAGUCCUGCUGUCCGGCCUGAAGCCCUGGACGCAGUACGCCAUAUUUGUCAAGGCCAUCACACUCAUGGUGGAGGACAAACAUAAGCCGAGUGCAAAGAGCAAGGUGGUCUACAUCCGCACCAGCCCCUCAGCGCCCUCCAUGCCUCAGGAUGUGCGAGCGUACUCAAACUCAUCCACUCAGCUGGUGGUGCGUUGGUCGCCCCCAGUGUCACCAAAUGGAAACCAGACUUACUAUCUGGUCAGAUGGCAGCAACAGGCUGAAGACCGAGAGCUGUAUCAGCACAACUACUGCUCUAAAGAGCUGAAGAUUCCCAUUAGGAUCGCUGCCAUUGGUGUGGGAGACCAGGAAGAGGACACCAAGCCCACUAAGCCAGAUACGGAUGGGCCGGAGAAGGGCCCCUGUUGCCCUUGUCCUAAAUCAGUGGAGGACCUCGAGGCCGAGGCUGCUGACGCCUCCUACCGAAAAGUCUUUGAAAAUUUCUUGCACAACUCAAUUUUUACACCAAGGCCACCAGAUCGUCGCCGCAGGGAUCUCUUUGGAGUAGCCAACUCCACUCACCCGCGCCGCAACCGACUGCACUCCAACAGCAGCACUGUCCCUCCUCUCCAAGCCGCUGGUAACAGCAGCAUCACUGAAGUGGAGCCAGUAGACAGAGAGUUUGAGUUUGCGGAGCAGUCGGUGACGGAGCGUGAGCUGCAGAUCACUGGCCUGCAGCCGUUCACAGUCUACCGCAUAGACAUUCACGCCUGCAACCGACAGGUCCAACGCUGCAGCGCCGCAGAGUUCGUCUUCUCCAGGACCAAGCCAGCAGAAAAGGCUGAUGACAUACCCGGCCAGGUGACCUGGGAAGGCCACGAGGACUGGGUGUUUCUGCGCUGGCCAGAGCCACACCACCCCAACGGACUCAUCCUCAUGUAUGAGAUCAAGUUUAAACUGGCUUCUGAGGCGGAGAAGCACGAAUGUGUCUCUGCUCAGCUGUAUCAGACCCAGCGUGGCGUUCGGUUAUCCAACCUCAGUCCAGGAAACUACUCUGUGAGGGUGCGAGCCACUUCACUGGCCGGCAACGGCUCCUGGACGCACAUUCUGGAUCUCUAUGUGGCUGAACGAUAUGAAAACGUCCUCUACACUAUGAUCUUUGUUCCCAUCGCCAUCAUUCUCCUCAUCUGCCUGUUGGGUUCAAUGUUGGUGAUUUUCAACAGAAAAAGGAACAGCGACCGGCUUGGAAAUGGAGUCCUGUACGCCUCAGUCAACCCAGAGUACUUCAGCGCUGCAGAGAUGUAUGUACCAGAUGAGUGGGAGGUGGCACGGGAGAAGAUCUCCCUUAGCCGCGAGCUCGGCCAGGGCUCCUUCGGCAUGGUGUAUGAAGGCUUGGCAAAGGGAGUGGUCAAAGAUGAACCAGAGACCCGCGUCGCCAUCAAGACAGUCAACGAGACGGCCAGCAUGAGGGAGAGGAUAGAGUUUCUCAAUGAAGCAUCCGUCAUGAAGGAGUUCAACUGUCACCACGUGGUUCGUCUCCUGGGAGUGGUUUCUCAGGGCCAACCCACUCUGGUCAUCAUGGAGCUGAUGACACGUGGAGACCUGAAGAGCUACUUGCGCUCCCUCCGACCUAAAGAGCAGCAGUGGUCGAGCCUGUCGCUCCCUCCUCUGAAGAAGAUGCUUCAGAUGGCCGGGCAGAUCGCAGAUGGUAUGGCCUACCUCAACGCCAACAAGUUUGUCCACAGAGAUCUGGCAGCCAGGAACUGCAUGGUGGCUGAGGACUUCACCGUAAAGAUAGGAGACUUUGGAAUGACCAGAGACAUCUAUGAGACGGAUUAUUACCGUAAAGGUGGGAAGGGUUUGCUCCCCGUCCGCUGGAUGUCACCUGAGUCUCUGAAGGACGGAGUCUUCACCACCAACUCUGAUGUCUGGUCAUUCGGGGUUGUAUUGUGGGAGAUCGCCACCCUCUCAGAACAGCCCUACCAAGGUCUGUCCAAUGAGCAGGUGCUCCGCUUCGUCAUGGAGGGAGGGCUGCUGGAGAAACCACAGAACUGUCCCGACAUGCUGUUCGAGCUAAUGCGAAUGUGUUGGCAGUACAACCCCAAGAUGCGUCCAGCCUUCGUGGAGAUCAUCAGCAGCAUAAAGGACGAGCUGGAGCCGUCAUUCAAAGAGGUCAGUUUCUUCUACAGUGCCGAUAACAAGCCGGUCGACGCUACGCAGCAUCACCUGGAAAAGAUGGACAACAUGGACGACGUCCCUCUGGACCCUCCUCCCUCCACACAACCACAGCAAACCCAAGUCCCCCAACAGACCCCACCCUCCCCAAGCUCAGAAGCUCCACCCGCCCCGUCGUUAGCGCCCAGCUCCCCCUCCUCUCCCUGUACGUCGAGCGCUGCCAUGGACAAGCAGCCCUCUGGCCAGCAGGCAGCUAAUGGCCUGUCAGGAGCGGGCCUUGCAGCAGGGCCAGGGCUCGGGACGGGCUCAGGCGUCCCGGUGCGGCCGUCUCUGGACGAACUUCCCCCAUAUGCACACAUGAACGGAGGACGCAAAAACGAACGCGCCAUGCCUCUCCCACAGUCCUCUGCCUGCUGAUCGGAUGGAGACACCCACCAGACUGCACACCCUGCCCCCUGCUGCACUGCAGAGCCUGAUGUCUCAGUGGGUGCGACCUCUCCUUUUUUGUAAACCAUAUACAGCAAAAACUUGUCAGCCGGCUGGGUGAGGUUACUCAGUGAGCAGUAAAGACUCACAGGAAGGUGGACAAAACUGUCACUGAGUCCAUUUCUCUGCUGUACCUCCACACACUUUUUCAUAUUAUUCUAGUUUUGGUUUGUACCAGCUGGUUCAAACAGUAAAAGAAAGAAAAAAAUAUAUAAAUCAUUUGGGAGAUCUCUCUCUCUCUCUCUCUCUCUCUCUCUCUCUCUCUCUCUCUCUCUCUCUCUCUCUCUCUCUCUCUCUCUCUCUCUCUCUCUCUCUCUCUGUCUCUCUCUCUUUCUUUAUGGCUGAAGUUAUUUUAUAAAUUGUUGUUUGUUACUUUUUUAUAUAUAUUUCCAAAUGGGAAAACUAAAUGUGUAGGCCUUUAUGAUUGACCAGCGUUUGGUCGCUUUUGGGCGGGCAUUAUGGUGAAACUGUUAAGCAUAUCUAAUGAAAAAGUACUUCAGAGGGGUCUCUGUCCCUUGUUGCUCUGCAGGCUGGGUGUCAGCGUAAUGCCGGGCCAACAACCAAUCUGCUGAAAAAAAACAACCGGAGGGUUAAAGGUCAAAUCUGCCAAAUUUGUUGCCAAAAUUGUACUUUUUGUCAAAAAUCUCUUUUCUGCAGUCUUUCCCUGUAAUUCUCCAACAAACCGGAUAGAAAAUGCGAGCAACAAAAGAAGCACUUUGAUCUGCCGCCACACCAUUCUGAAACUCUACGAUCAAAGGGAUAUUAACUUCCCUCUACAGUCCUACACUACUCCUCUCGUUCUGUUUGAUAUCUAUAGACACUGUACUUAAGAGUCAUGGACCUUGGUUACAUCAGUUUAUCUGAAAUUGAGCCACAUCCUCUCACAAAGUGCUGUUCUGUUACGGUUUAAACGCCAAAUCUAGUCAAUAAAAAAGCAAAAAAAAACAGAUAAACCUUGAAGCAUGGACUGCGGAGGGAAGGCAUAAAGAGGACAAUAAACACUAUAUCUAUAAUGGGAUUUGCUCCGAGUUCAGAGGCUUACUUGUUGUUGUAUACAAACAGGUAUUUUUUCAGACUAGUCAUAGUCUCCGACAUUUGCAGCAUCUCUACGUGGGCAGAGCAUUUAUGUACGCACCAGUUGUUUGUGUCACUUUUCUAACUUUUAUACAGUUGGAGACAUUCAUCAUGUACAGAAAGAAGCUGCUAUUCCUUAUUUCUCUUGUGGUUGUAAUAUAGUUAAUAUCUAUAUAUAAAAAGAGAAAAAAAGUCCUUCAGGUUGGAUCUACGAACGUUUCCACUACAGUCCAUUUUUUUAAUGCUUGUACUCGUGUAAAGUGUAUCUGGAGCUGGUUUCGUUCCGUGUUUGCGUAAAGGUACGACAAUUUGCCUUGUGUUGUGAAACACCGGUAACUUCCCCUCCCAUCCGACUAGAGGACAGUGAUGGUACCAGUAACCAUCGAUGCUCUCAUGUUCUCUCGGGACGCCUCAACCUCUGGUCUCUUGGGUGUAGACUCAGAGGUCGGGUGUCACUGCUGAGUCCCAACUAAAUCUCAGGUCAAAGAGAAAAGUUAAAUCCUUCUCUACUUUCCUUUUAUCUUUUGUUUGUGCUGACACACUUUGAGACAUCCAGCCUGGUGUGUGUGUGUGUGUGUGUGUGUGUGUGUGUGUGUGUGUGUGUGUGUGUGUGUGUGUGUCUGAAUCUAUGUCCCUCUGUAAUUUAACUUUCCUCGAUCAUUAAAAAAGAGCAGUGUGUCCAAGUCAAGAGGGAUUUCCAGUUGUGGAGGCGUCCUGACACUCAUUGUGUGAAGUCCUAAUACUGACACAAGUGUUUUAAAAGGUUAUCAGACUAGUUUGAAUAUAUUUAGAUACAUUAAUAAAUCAAAUUGUGAGUUAAUUAAGAUGGAGCGUAAAACAUUUUUUUCAGCUUAGCUUCCUUGUACCUCCAAUUAGUUUUUUUUUUUAAUAAAAAGUCAAAAGACUUUAUUUGUUCUUCAUUCAGUCAGUUGAUCACAUAAAUUCAAACUCUAUUUUCCACCAGCUUAUUUUAAUUUUCACGUCCCUCGUUUUCCUUUUUUCAGUGGGUCUUGGUGCUCAUUUAAUACUGUGUCUUUUCCCUGUUCCCCCCUAUUUGGGCCCUUUUAGCUAGUUACCUAGCUGAAGCUAACUUUAAUCAUACAGGAGCACACCAGCGGAUGCAUGUAAUGUUAAUCAUAUAUAUAUGGUUCUGCAUACUGCUGUAGCAUCGUAGUAUAAACUUUGGUGUCAGUAGGUAAAGCAUUUUAGCUAGCCAGAAACUGCUAAGAAAGUUAUUUGGCUAAUGUCAUCUAGAGCUUUUUAGUUAACUGUGUUUGAUUCAAGAAAAGAGGGGAUGAAUUACACACUGCUGCAAAAAUAUCAAGGAUAACACGACACAAAGUCCAGGACUUAUUUUCACUAAAGACGACAGACGAGCACUUAAAGAUGAGGAUAAAAGCCCGCUAACUUUGUUAGCAUAGCGUCAUAAUGAAAGUUGGGAACUGUCUGGGGAAAGUAGAGCACUGAUGUUGAUGAUGAUGAUGAUUAAAUGUGGGCCAAGAACAAAAUGAAUUAGGAAAACUAAAAAACCUUAAAAAAUGAAAGUGUAAAAUUACAUUAAAGGAACCAUUAAGCUUUAUAUUUCUUUCUCUCUCUAUUUUUCUGUAUUCAUUUUUACUUGCUGAUAACCUUUUAUUAAAUGUUGUCAGUUUUAGGUUUCCAUGUGUUUGCGCCAUGUAAUAACACUGUCUUCGAGGUACAAAUAAAAAAUAAAAAAAAACUAAUUUAUUUCAUGCAGCAGUGAACUUUCACACACUUAUUUUUCUGAAGGCCUGUCAGUCAGAUGGUCUCACUUUCUGCUCAUCAACUUCUCUCUUGAAUCAAGGGUGGUUUUUCUGUAUGCUGCUAGUCAUCCACAUUGUGUAUCUUUUUCCAACAUGCUGACAAGUCUUUGUAGAUGAUUGCUGAAGUUUAAUUGGGUUGAGAAACGAGUGAAUUUGUCUUACAGCACUGAAAGAUUUUUUAAUGCUUGGGGGGGAAAACAAGAUUUCACAACUGAGGGUCCUCUGAGGUACAAAUGCUCUUGAGGCUCUUCUCUUAUUCUGAAUGUGUUCUUUUGUUAAAAUAUUGAAUAUAAAUGGGAGAACUGGAAGUGGUGCAGAUUGCUUGAGGUUUACAGAAGAAACGCAUCACAGAAAUAUAUAAAGAGGAGUAUGAUCAGAGCGGACCACGUGGAGAUGAUAUUUAAGGCUCAUUCACCUCAAAGUGUUAAGAUUCCCAGCCCAGAUGUUUGCUUAUUUAUGUUAUAUUUUUAUGAAGUGUAAAUCACUGUACAAAUUCCCCACAAGUCUUUUUUUUUUCCUUCUGAUAUUUUGAUGUUCUUUUGCCCUUUUUGGGGGGGAAGGUUUUGUUAUCCCUUCAACCAUCCAUCUACCUCACUUCUUUUUUUUUUUUUUCUUCUUCUUCUUCUUUUUUAAAAUCUAUUUACAUGUACAGAAAAACAUCUCAUCUCUGUUUGUUCGGCUGUAAUGACGACCCUACUGAGUGCUGUUAACAUGGUCAAAUUCAAACCACAAACCAAACCAUCCUGAUUGGGGGAAGAAGAGAAGGGCCCAGUACAACAACAGAAAACUAUUUUUUACAUUGUAUGAAAUAUGAAAAAACAGUGUUACAUAGAUAUGGACUAAUGCGCCUGAUGAUAAGCACUUCACUUUGUAUUUGUUGUCUACAUUGUACAAAUUACACACAGACGUGACAUUUCUGGCUGCAGACACAGCAGACUGGAUAUAUCUUCAUCUAGAUGUCAGGAGUUUUGGAAAUACCUUCAGGAGAUAAACGAGUUUUGUCGAACAAACUUUUGUACAAUUCAAAUAGAAAACUCGGAUGCUUGACUUGAAUUAUAAUGUAGUUAUAAUACAUGAGAGGCACCAUCUGGAGCUGGCAGAGGGUGUCAGUUGUGGAAGAAACACCAACCUUUCAAAACUGAUAAAUGACCUGUUAAGUUUUGUUUUCUCCAUUAUUAGGAGUACCAUGCUGUGAGUGAAUGUGAGUUACUACCGAAACAUCCGAGUCUUCCUCUGCUCAUUGUUUUCCUGAGAGUAAAAAUGCAGUUACUGUAUCUUUUGUUUGAACAUUUUGACCCAUAAGUGAUGGAAUUGGAUGCAUCUAUAUUUGAGACUACAAGUACAUGUGUAAAGAGGGACAUUAUGGGACUUGUCAGUAUUUGUUUUUUGGCAGCUUGACAUUUUGUCAGUGCUUGAUAUCUCUGUUUUUUGGUACAGUAAAAAUAAUAAGACACGUUAACAGUUAAUGACAUUUCCAAUUCUCCCUCCUGUGUAAGAAUGAACGGAGCGACACACUGGACACAGUCACACAUUCUCAAAUGGGCUUUAACUUUCUUACUGGAAGCUGUUUGUUUCUCAUCAGUAAUGAGUGAGUGUGGAGUAGCACUUAGAGGGAAGUCAGUCAUAUUUAACAACAUCUCGUUUCCUGUUAAUGUGUUGGUUGACAGAAUAAUGUUCAGGUUCUUGAGUUUAAAAGCAUCUUCACUCUUCACUUUUUUGUGAGUUUCGUCCUUUUCUAAUGAGGCAGGUUUGUAGUUUCCGUGAUCAGGAUGGUCUUUCAGUGUUUGUGGUCUGAUUUUUGCCUCACUUUUACCACUGGAACACCUCACAGAGCGGACAUAAAAUCGAACAAAUUUCCUAUUUUCCUUUUGUCACAUUGAUUGCCAAUUUGUUAUCAAGAUUUUGAUGUGUGUAAAUUAUUCAUAGCCUUCUGACUCUUGCGUUUCUGUUGAAAUGAUCUCUUAGACUGAGGUUUCAUUUUUGGUUUUCUUUUGUACAUGCUGUUGUAAGAAUUUUUCCUGUUAUCAAUAUAUUCUGAGUACUGGGGAAAAUGUAUUGGCUGAAGGAAAAGAGAAUGUCUGUUUCUCUGAUUCUUUUUUUCUACACAAGAUUUAAGAUGAAUAAAAAUGUAUGCAAACUGUU